AUGGGUGUCAAUCCGAAAUCACCAAAUGAAUUCGAUGAAGCGCAUCUUUCUCAACUGUCUAUAGCUGUCUCAAUGAUGGAAAACAAGGGCAUUUACGCUUUGCUCGAUUGCCAUCAAGAUGUCUUUUCACGAUUCUUCUGUGGCGAGGGUCUUCCUGAUUGGGCAGCUAAAAAUUUAGGCAAUGAGACUCUCAACCGAUUUCCAUUUCCUCUUCCCAUCAAUUUUACACGUGAACCGGAUACAGGAUAUCCAGUUCUUGAUGAUUGUUUGAAACAUACUUUUGGUCAAUACUAUUUCACAGAAGGAGUGGUUAAUGGAUUCAAAAUGCUAUAUACAGAUGGUAAUGGUACUCUUGAAGCGUUUGCCACAUUCUGGCAUAAAAUAGCCAGUUAUUUUGCUGAUCAGUCGUCUGUUCUUGGGUAUGAGCUCAUCAACGAGCCAUCAUUUCCAGCAUUGGCCGAUGUUUUACAAAUGGGUCUCGUCGAUCAAAAAUAUUUGGCUCCGAUGUAUAAAAAGUUGCAUGAAGUGAUUCGAAAAGUUGAUGACAAACAUCUAAUCUUUUUUGAGCCAUGCGUCUUCGAUGUAUUUCAAACCGGUUUCACCGAAGGACCAGGUGGUAAAGAAUACAACAAUCGACAAGUGUUUAGUUAUCAUGACUACUGUUUGGAUGUGACGAAGCAAGGAGAUCCACAAUCAGAUGUGUUGUGUGAACUCUUUGAUAAUGCUCUAAUCUAUUUACGUGUGAAAGAAGCGCGCGUGAAAAAGUUCGGCGGUAUGAUGCUGACCGAAUUUGGUGGACUCAGUAAUUCUACCAAAGGUGUCGAAGAACUCAAUCGAGUGACUUCAAUAGCCGAUGACUUUCUACAAAGCUGGACUUAUUGGCAAUUCAAGAAAUAUGCCGAUUUGACAACAUCCGUAAGACCUGCUACGACAGAAUCAUUCUAUACGGAUGAUGGCGAAUUGGAAUUGAACAAGGUGCAAGCACUCUCACGAUCAGAUGCACAAGCUAUUGCAGGUGUUCCGACACGUAUGGCAUUCUUUCCUACCACCAACCUAUUCGAACUGCAGUUUAUCAUCAAUACGAACAUUCGACAACCAACAGUCAUCUAUCUGAAUGAAGAUUUCAACUAUCCACAUGGUAUUAGCGUCACACUCUUUCCAGAAAAUUCACUUACCUGGACAUCACCUAAUCGCAACUACUAUGAAUUUGUUUCAAAUGGAUCAAUACAAAAUGGGACAGUUAUCUUGAUUCAAAUUUUUGCGAAGAGUGAAAAUUGA